AUAAAUGAGAUGGCAAAAAAAAAAGUAGAAACUACAAGGCAGAAAAAAGAAGAGAUUGCUCAAAAGCAAGCCAAUCAUGAGUUGGUGAAAGCACAGAAGCAAGCUGUUAAUGCAUAUAAAAAAGAGAAAAGAAUGCAAAAAAAGAAAAAGUGA